AACAGCUGCAAAUACAUGCACAAUUUACCAUGAGAAAGGUAAAUGCAGUCUGCUUUUCUUCCAACAGCUGGCAGAACGCCGUAUGGGCUCCUGAAGAAUUCAGCUUGGCUCUAACCUGCUGUAAGACAAUGUCCUUUCUCCCGCUGUGUUUUAACAGCUUGUUCCGGGUGCUGUGGAAGAACAUUAGAUUGCAUCAGUCCAGUGUUUUGAGGUCCUAUUGGACAUCUUCAUUUUUGGAGGCUCUGGGGUGGCUGGUUUUGGGCAUAAUCAUGCUUAGCUGUCCAGCACAUUGUGAAGCCUUUAAAAUGGGACUAGUAGGACCCUGGGAUUGUGACCCCUUCUUUUCCAAAGCCUUUCCUGAAGUGGCUGCUAAGUUAGCAGUGGACCGAAUCAAUGAGGACCCUUCUCUAGAUCUUGACCAGGAGUUGGAUUACAUAAUCCUACAAGAAGGAUGUGAAACGUCCAAAGCCCUGGCUAGAUUCCUUGACUUUGAAAUAGUUUCAUCAGUUUUUGUAGGCCCUCUGAACCCUGGAUACUGUGAUGUUGCUACAUUGUUAGGGAAUAAUUGGAAUAAAGCCAUCUUUUCAUGGACGUGCAUCAACUCUGAGCUGGAUGCGGCCAUAAAUGAGCUUACACUUGCAAGGACCUUGCCUUCCCCAAUCAGGGUUUUAUUCAUUUUAAUGAAAUACUUUCACUGGGCUCACAUUGGCAUCAUCUCUUCGAAGGAGGAUAUCUGGGUGGACACUGCGUACCAGCUGGCUAGGGCUUUCAGGAAUGAAGGACUUCCUGUAGGAAUUGUAACCUCGAUGGGUAAUGGGGACAAAGACACUGACAAGGCUUUGAAGGAGAUUGCAGGCGUUAAAAGCAUUAGAAUUAUCAUUAUGUGCAUGCAUUCUGUGCUCAUUGGAGGGGAAGAGCAGGCGGCCUUGCUCACAAGAGCUCAUGAAAUGGGAAUAACAGAUGGAAGAUACGUCUUUGUUCCAUACGACACUUUACUUUACAGUCUCCCUUACCAAAACAAUUCGUUCAAUGCUUUUGACAACAACCGUAAGCUCCAGGAGGCAUAUGAUGCUGUACUGACUAUCACGAUGGAGGCUGAAGAAAGGACAUUUUACGAUGCAUUCAGGGAAGCUAAAGAAAGUGGUGAAAUCCCAAUGGAGCUAGAAACCGAACAGGUCUCUCCACUCUUUGGAACAAUUUACGAUGCCAUCUACUUCAUGGCCAAAGCUCUUGAGAAUGCUCGAAAGGAAGGGGAUGCAGUUUCAGGACCAAUUUUGUCAGAAAACAUCAAAAACCUGGACUUCCCUGGAUUCAGCCAGAGGAUACGCACAGACAACGGUGGGCAGGGGCUGAACAACUAUAUGGUAUUGGACACAGUGGGCCAAGGGAACCAGCUUUUUCCAACCUACUUGGUGGACAUGUCUGCUAAAUCGGUGCAGUUCUUAGGCCGACCGAUACACUUCCCUGGCGGAUCCCCACCGAGACCAGACUCCGGCUGCUGGUUUGAUCAGAACGGCGUAUGCAGUGGAGGUAUUGAACCUAUGAUGGUGAUGCUGGGACUGGUACUGAUAAUUAUCCUGGUGCUGUGUGGUGCAGGUCUUGCUCAUCUCAUCAGGAACACCCUCAUAAAGAUCCAGUUAGUCAAGGGGCCUAAUAAAAUCUUACUGACAUUGGAUGACCUCACAUUUAUAAACCCUAACCUGAGCAAGAAGAGGCUGACCUUGAGUAGCCUGAGUGAUGCAAAGACACUUUCUGAUGGCCGAAGCCUGAAAUCUGUAACGGCUCGCUCCUCGUCUCUGGAAAGCACAGAGGCAACACAUGAAACCUCCAGUGUGGCUUUGUUUGAGGGAGACUGGGUGUGGCUGAAGAAAUUUGAGUCGGGAGCAUUUCAAGACCUGCGACAAAGUUCCACCGGCAUACUGCGAAAGAUGAAAGAUCUACGUCAUGAAAACGUGAAUCCAUUCAUGGGCUUUUUCUCCGACUGCGGCCUCUUUGCCAUAGUGACAGAGCACUGUUCCAGAGGCAGCCUGGAAGACCUCCUGAGAAACGAGGAUGUGAAACUGGACUGGAUGUUCAAAUCAUCUCUUCUGAUGGAUUUAAUUAAAGGAAUUAAGUAUUUACAUCACCGGGAUUUUCCUCAUGGGCGUCUCAAGUCUCGUAACUGCGUGGUGGACGGGCGGUUUGUGCUGAAGAUCACUGAUUAUGGAUAUAAUGAGCUCUUAGAAGCACAAAAAUGUCCGCGUGCUGAGCGAUCACCAGAAGAACUGCUUUGGACAGCUCCUGAAUUACUGAGAGAGCCAGACAUGAUCAGAACAGGCACAUUUAAAGGAGACAUUUAUAGCUUCUCCAUCAUCUUACAAGAAGUAAUUGUUCGAGGGCCGCCGUACUGUACCACAGAUCUCCCUGCUGCCGAAAUCAUCCAGAAGGUGAAGAAGCCUCCACCCAUCUGUCGGCCAAACAUCGCCAUGGAGCUGGCCCCCCUGGAGUGUAUUCAGCUGAUGAAACAGUGCUGGAGCGAAUCACCAGAACGAAGACCAACAUUUGAGGAGGUAUUUAAUAAGUUCAAAACCAUCAACAAAGGCAAAAAAACCAAUAUAAUUGACUCCAUGCUCAGAAUGCUUGAGCAGUACUCAAGCAACCUGGAAGAUUUAAUUCGGGAACGGACAGAAGAGCUGGAAAUUGAAAAACAGAAGACAGAGAAACUUCUGUCACAAAUGCUCCCCCCGUCAGUGGCAGAAGCACUUAAAACCGGUGGCACAGUCGAACCGGAAUAUUUUGACCGGGUCACCAUCUACUUCAGUGACAUCGUUGGAUUCACGACCAUCUCCGCCCUCAGUGAGCCCAUUGAGGUGGUCGAUCUCCUCAAUGAUCUUUAUACACUCUUUGAUGCUGUCCUUGGUAACCAUGAUGUUUACAAGGUGGAAACAAUUGGUGAUGCCUACAUGGUCGCAUCAGGGCUUCCAAAACGAAAUGGAAACAAGCACGCUGCUGAAAUAGCCAAUAUGUCUCUGGACAUUCUCAGUUCAGUGGGCUCUUUUAAAAUGAGGCACAUGCCAGAAGUACCCGUCAGGAUACGAAUAGGACUGCAUACAGGGCCUUGCGUAGCAGGUGUGGUGGGCCUGACAAUGCCUCGCUACUGUCUGUUUGGGGACACGGUGAACACCGCUUCGCGAAUGGAAUCCACCGGGCUGCCUUACAGAAUCCAUGUCAACCGAACCACAGUGGAAACGCUUCAGAGCCUAAAUGAAGGCUAUGAGAUAGUACUCAGGGGGAAAACAGAACUGAAGGGCAAAGGGAUAGAAGACACAUAUUGGCUAGUUGGGAAACAAGGCUUCCUGAAACCAUUACCAGAACCUCCUGACAUAAAACCAGGGCAAAACUGGCAAGAGACCCUGACCAAAGAAAUCAAGAUGGCAGUGAGGGACGCAAAGAAAAACACCAUCAAACGCAAACUUUAACGAGAAUGGAAGCAAAA